UUAUCUGUCUCUCUGCGCGCCUUAUAUUCCGUGGCUGCGGAUUAUCGUAGGCGUAUUAAUACGGAGCUGUGCUCCGCAGUGGCGAGGCCGAUAAACAUUGUAUAGCAGUAGUAGCCCCGCAGUCGCCCGUGUAUAUAGGGCGCAUCGUUACCGAGUACUUCUGCGGCGAAUCGAGAUUCACUUCAUCGAGCCAGCGGUGGCUUUAUUAUUUUUUUUUUUUGUUGCUUUUGCUUUGCUUCUCGUCGGUUCUUCCCCACAAAAAAGCUGCUUCGCAACUUGCGCGCGUGUAAGUGGUAUAUAUAUAAGAGAGAGUACAGUACUGUCAAGCGCGCGUGGGGUGUGCUUCUGCUACUAUACCAUAGUGUGGUGGUGCACCUUUCGAAUGUCCGCAGUGGCUCUACACACAUCGCGAAUAUAUAAUAAUACCUUAUAGGCGUGUGAGUACCGUACUCGAAGCUCUGCGGCAGUAGAGAAAUAUCGUGAAUAGAUACUGCAGCAGAGGGAGGCUCGAGCCGCGAAUCGUAUUAUACAGUCGUGUUUUGUGCGCGGAACGUCGAUAUCAACACAACGCGAGCUUACCUAUCUAUCACGUGUGAGUGUAACUGCUGUGUCGGUGUGUGUGUGUGUGUCAAACGACGGCGUCACAAAGCCUCGUACUCAUCGUAGAAGCAAAACAAUACACGCAGGCAUCGUGCUUUGUUUUGUCAUUGUUGUUAUCGCUGUCAACAAUGAGCUUGGAAUCCUAACCUCAUCCUCGACAGCUCGUCGACAGCCGUGCGCGAGCGAGUUAUCGUUAUAGCACGCGUAUUAUGCUUCUGCUACCGCUAUGAAACUGUGGAGCCGACUAUUGACCGGCGGCUGCUUCGGCUGCGGCAAUCCCGUGCGCGCGGCUUUGGGCCGCUUCUGCGGCGACGGCGCGGCUUCGCUGAGGCAUCGCGUCUCCGUGGACGCCGUCUUGCCGCUCCUGCUGGUGCCCGCGCUGCUCCUCCUCGCGGCCCUCAAUCUCGCCUGCAGCCUCUUGGUCCUGGUCGCGACGCCGCUCUUCGUCUACUAUGCCAACCGCAACUUUUUGCGCUUUCUCAUGCGCAGCAAGUUCUUCCUCUGCUGGCUCAUCGCCAGCGCAGGCUGCCUCAUGGCCGUGUUCGAGCUCGCAGUGGUGCCCCUCCUGGAGAUACUGCCCGAGGAGAAUUACGUGUUCGUAGCCGCGGUGGUGGGCGGAAUUCUGACGGCCAGGAGGACUGUCAAGUGUCAGUACAGCGCGACGAGUAGUCAGCAGCAGUUGUUCGAUCCGAUGAGAGAGACCUUGCUGGACGUCGAUGACAGCUCGGAUCAAGCCGUCACCGAGAGCCACGUCUGUCAGACUUGCAAGAGACGCUUUCCUCGCAAAGCCUAUCACUGCAGAGUGUGUCAGACCUGCGUGCCGGGUAGAGAGUAUCAUUGCAAGUGGCUCGACUGCUGCAUAGGCUACAGCAAUUACAGAUGGUACAUGAUCUGUCUGUUCAGCUCAGCCGUCGCCUUCAUCUAUGGAUCAAAUUUAGCUAUUACCUCUGUUUGCCAUCCAUUCUUAUUUGCCUUUGGUAUUCUGUUACCCGAUGAUUGCAGCGAUGUAUACUUUCAAUACGAUAUGGCUCUGUGUUUUGUCUCAUCGAUAUACAGUCUAUUAAUAGGUCUAGUUUUAUCAUAUUAUUUUUUCAAACAUCUAUGGCUGCUGGCUAUUGGAACCACAUGGAACGAGAGAAAAGCAGCAGCAGCCAAGCACAAGAAUCAAACGAAUCAAGAGGAAAAUCAAAGAUUCACCAGUCACCAGUUGUUAUUAUAGUUCAAAGCAAAUCAAUGUGAUCGUAGAUUAAUUAGUUAGUCAAUUAGUUAGCGAAACUUUUACAAUUUUUGGUAAUCAAAAAGAAGUGUAUAGUGUAUAAAUGUACUUAACAGUAUUGCUAUAAUAAUCUAGUAUCUGUGAUACGAAAAAAACCUAAGCUGAAUUACCAAAUUAAAAGAAAAAUGUCGUUACAAUGAGAGGCAUGUAACUCCGAUACAUGGUAUUACAUUAGUUAUUUCUGCUUACACGCAUAAUAAUAUACAAAUAAAAAUCGUUUUGAAAUCGGA